AUGUCUAUCGUACAAGGAUAUAGUUCUAGUGAAGAUGAAGAUCAUAUAGUCGAUAACAUACCGAAACUACCUGUUUAUCAAUUGAAGACUUAUGCAGAUAUUAAUGAAGAAAAUGAACAUUCAAAGACAGUAACGGUCGAGAACAAUAAACAAGCUGUAUUGGGAGGUAGUAUAGAGAAAGCCUAUGUUGAUGAUCUUAAUCAAGGAUCUCCCAAUGUUACAUCUAAGAGAUCUAAGGAACUACAGAAAUCAUUAAAACGCAAACGGAAGAAGGUAGCGAAAGAUGUGGAUGACUAUGAUUCUGUGAUUGAUCCAUGGGCAGAAUAUGAAGAAUCAAGUGAUAAUGAACCACAGCACAAACAUAAUAACGGUAAUGAAAUAGUACUCGAGGAGAAGGAAGAAGAAGUAACCAUUGAACCAUAUGAAUCUGAUAAAGAAGAGUCUACUCAGAUCCAUACUGAAUUUGUUGGAUCAUCUGAAUUUGAUUACUUGGGAAGAACAUAUAUGCAUAUACCACGAGAUUUGGAUAUUAAUUUGAUGAAAGAAUCAGGUCUGCAAGAAUGUUUCGUUCCAAAAGUUAUCAUGCAUAAGUUUGAAGGGCAUGCUAAAGGAGUUACUAAACUUGAAUUCUUCCCCAAAUCAGGUCAUUUAUUAUUAUCAGCUGGAAAUGAUGGUAGAAUUAAGCUUUGGGAUAUGUAUCAUAAACGAGAAUUACUUCGAGUAUAUUACGGUCAUUCACGAUCAGUAAAGGAUGUUUCAUUUAAUAAUAAAGGGGAUGAAUUUCUUCUGUGUGGGUUUGAUAAACAAAUAAGAUUAUGGAAUACUGAAACUGGUGAUAUAAAGAAAACUAUUAAAGUGAAUGCUAUCCCGAACGCUAUAAAGUUCAAUCCCAAUAAUGAAAAUGAAUUCAUUGUUGGAUUAAGUAAUAAUAAGAUUGAACAUUAUGAUUUAAGUGCCAUUCAUUAUCAAACCCCAGUUCAAUCUUAUGAUCAUCAUUUAGGAUCAAUCAAUUCAUUAACGAUUGUGGAUGAUGGAAAUCGAUUCAUGUCAACCGCUGAUGAUAAAACGGUUCGAUUCUGGGAUUGGCAAGUGAAUAUCCCUGUCAAAUUCAUAUCUGACCCAUCACAACAAGCGAUGAAUUCUCCGGUAGUUUACCCUGGUGGUAGUUACAUUGCCUUACAAAGUAUGGAUAAUUCGAUUCGUGUGAUUCAAGGUCACGGAAAAUAUAAAUUCAAUAAAAAGAAGGUAUUCACAAGUCAUCAUCUGGCUGGAUUUGCGAUUGGGAUUGAUAUUUCUCCUGAUGGUAAAAUUAUCUUAAGUGGUGAUUCUAAAGGGUCGGCAUAUUUUUGGGAUUGGAAAACGUGUAAAUUAAUUAACAAAAUUAAACUCGGUAAUAAUAAUAAACCUAUCAAUUGUAUAAAAUUCCAUCCUCAAGAGAAAAGUAAAGUGGUGAUGGCUGGUGUAAGUGGUGAAAUCUACUAUGGUGAUUAG